AUGUGGUGCAGACAACGGUCACUCUGGGAUCAGGAAUGGAACAGUAUUGUCUUUAGUGACGAGUCUCGAUUUUGUUUAGGCAUGCACGAUGGUCGCGCCAGGGUUAGAAGGCGACGUGGUGAAAGGAGGAAUCCACAGUUUUUUGUUGAAAGACAUGUUCAUCACACUGUUGGAGUUAUGGUUUGGGGUGCUAUAGCUUAUGGUUCCAAGUCACCUUUAAUCUUCAUCAGAGGUAACAUGAACGCGCAGCGUUAUAUCCACGAAGUUCUAGAACCCCAUCUUUUACCCUAUCUUGACACCCUGGCAGAUCCAACUUUCCAACAAGAUAAUGCCCGACCACAUGCUGCAAGAGUCACAAUAGACUUCUUUCAACAUAAUGAUGUCACAUUGUUACCAUGGCCACCAAGAUCUCCCGACUUAUCCCCAAUUGAGCACGUGUGGGAUAUGAUGGGUAGGAGAUUGCUCAAUUUGCAACGUCCUCCUCAGACUCUAGGAGCACUUCGAGAGGAGUUGGUGGUUGCUUGGAAUGAGAUACUACAGGAGGACAUUGACCACCUGAUCAGAAGCAUGCCUAGGCGCGUUGGAGAAUGCGUAGCACAUCAGGAACAUUUUCGCGCCAUAAUUUAUUACAACUUUCAGAGACAAUUAUCGCAACAAGAAUGCCUUGCUGAGUUACUGUCUGUUUUCGGCAACGAAGCGCCACAUCAGUCGACAAUUUCCCGUUGGUAUGGAGAAUUCAAACGUGGACGGGUGAGUCUUAGCGACGAUUCCAGGGUGGGUGCACCAAAACCGGUAGUUACCCAGGAAAACGUCGAUGCUGUGCGCAAACUCAUCAUUGAAGAUAGACAUGUGACAUAUCGCGAGAUUGAGGCGUCCCUGAAGAUCUCAAAGACCUCAAUACAAAAAAAUUUACAUGAAGAAUUAGGAGUAAGAAAAUUAGUUUCUCGUUGGAUACCCCACCUGGUUAAUUGGUGUCAAAAAACGCUUGACCGUUUCAAUUUCGUAAAUGUGUACAGCAUUGUUAAUGGUGAUAAAUCGUGGAUUUACUGUUAUGAACCAGAAAAUAAACGACAGUCGGCUGUUUGGGUGUUCCAAGGUGAAGAAAAGCCAACAAAAGUCAUCCGUUCUCGAAGUGUUUCGAAAAAGGUGGUCACGACAUUUGUGUCAAAAGCGGGUCAUAUUGCAACAAUUCCUCUUAAUGUGCAAAGAACUGAUACUGCGGAUUGGUAUACCACCAUUUGUUUGCCAAAAGUCAUCACCGAGCUUCGAAAAAUCAACCCCCAAAGAAGAAUCAUCCUCCGCCAAGAUAAUGCAAGCUCGCACACAGCCCAAAAAACAAGGCAGUAUUUAACGGAAGAAAACGUGGAAUUAUUGCACCAUCCUCCAUAUAGUCCCGAUCUAAGUCCUAACGAUUUUUUUACUUUCCCGAAAAUUAAAAACAGACUGCGUGUUCAAAGGUUUCAGUCACCAGAAGAAGGAGUUGACGCAUUCAAAAAUGCCUGGUGCAGACAACGGUCACUCUGGGAUCAGGAAUGGAACAGUAUUGUCUUUAGUGACGAGUCUCGAUUUUGUUUAGGCAUGCACGAUGGUCGUGCCAGGGUUAGAAGGCGACGUGGUGAAAGGAGGAAUCCACAGUUCUUUGUUGAAAGACAUGUUUGUCACACUGUUGGACUUAUGGUUUGGGGUGCUAUAGCUCAUGGUUCCAGGUCACCUUUAAUCUUCAUCAGAGGUAACAUGAACGCGCAGCGUUAUAUCCACGAAGUUCUAGAACCCCAUCUUUUACCCUAUCUUGACACCCUGGCAGAUCCAACUUUCCAACAAGAUAAUGCCCGACCACAUGUUGCAAGAGUCACAAUAGACUUCUUUCAACAUAAUGAUGUCACAUUGUUACCAUGGCCACCAAGAUCUCCCGACUUAUCCCCAAUUGAGCACGUGUGGGAUAUGAUGGGUAGGAGAUUGCUCAAUUUGCAACGUCCUCCUCAGACUCUAGAGGCACUUCGAGAGGAGUUGGUGGUUGCCUGGAAUGAGAUACCACAGGAGGACAUUGACCACCUGAUCAGAAGCAUGCCUAGGCGCGUUGGAGAAUGCGUAGCACAUCAGGGUGCAUCCACACAUUAUUAA